CGUUAAGGAGAGGGAGGGAGAGAGGGAGAACAACAGACAGAGAGAGAGGGAGACAGAAACAUGGAAAGCAGAAGGAGUCAGCCAUCUUCUCAGAGCAAGACUGAGGAGGCCGCCACCGCAACAACGCGUCGACCGGAGCAGCAGCUUCAAGAUUCGCCUUUCAUGCAUCCGCCUGCGCUAAGUGAUGAUGAUGGUCCGGACGCUGUCGAUCACCCACCCUCGACGUUCUCUGAAGCGAUUGAUCGCGUUGGUUUGGGCCCUUUUCAAAAGAGACUGGUCAUCAUUUGUGGAUUGGGGUGGGCAGUCGAUUCGAUGGAAGUUCUUGUGUUGGCAUUUGCGCUGGAAGCCAUCGCGACCUCGUUCGAGCUGAGCAGCGUCGGAAAGGGGCUAGUCGGCAGUGCCAGUUUCUUUGGAAUGCUUGUCGGCGCGGGUUUCUGGUCAAUCUAUGCCGACAAACGCGGCCGCAGGACCGCCUUCGUGUCGUCCCUGGCCUGCGCCUUUGUCGGCGGGGUCUUCUCCGCUUUCUCAUCGUCAUUUCAUCUUCUCUGUCUGUGCCGAGUGCUCGUCGGCUUCGGCGUAGGAGGUAACUUGCCGGUGGCAACCGCGCUCGUCACCGAAUUUGUGCCAACGAACGAUAGGUCUAAUGUUCUCUGCACAACGGCUGGAACUUUCUGGGGCAUCGGCAUGAUCUCCGCUUCCCUCCUUGGCCUAAUCCUCGCCAAUGUUCUCGGGGCCGGGAAGGAAGAGGCUAUGUGGCGCUGGUUUCUUGGGGUGGCCGCGCUUCCAUCCGCAAUAGUGGCCGUGGCCUACCAGCUGCUUCCUGAAUCUCCUCGCUUCCUGCAAGUCAUGGGGAGGCACGACGAGGCGAUUCAGGUGCUGGAGCACGUGGCGAGAAUGAACGGCAAGCUUGACGUGCUUGGUUUGGACUUUUCAGGGCAAUCGGUCGGCGAGGGAGACAAUCUACGCCUUCGGAUCGCCGGGUCGUCAGAUCUGGACUCUGGCGGGAUCGGAGACGCCUCGGCGCACGGGCAGGAAGCGGAGAACGCUGAGGCCGGGGAUGUACGCGAGCUGUUCCACACUCCCAUCCUCCGAAGGAUCACGCUGUCCCUAUGGGUGGUCUGGUUCACCGUGAAUAUUAGCAAUUUCGGUGUGACCUUCUUGCUGCCGAGGUACUACGAUAAGAUCUCGGGCGGGCAAGCGGACUUCGUGUACAUCCUCAGCGCUUGCGUUGGGGUAACGUGCAUCCCGGGCGCGUUCGCAGCCAUGUGGCUGUGCUCGGAGCAUCGUCUCGGUCGCGUGGGUGCUCUCAAGUGGUCUUCCUAUGCCACGGCCGCCGCCGUCAUUCUGCUAGCCACGACCCUGCGAGUAAAUGCCCUCUUCGGGCUGGCGUCGAUCUUGGUCCUGUUCAUUACGGCCGUCCCUGCGACCGUGAAGUACGUGAUGACGCCGGAACUUUACUCGACAAAGUACCGGGCAGUGGGGUUGGGAAGCUCGAGCGUUGCUACGCGCCUUGGAGGUUUGUUGGCACCCGUACUGGCGGAAGUGUUGUACGACGGCUGGGGUCCGGUUGCCCCCUUGCUGGUGUUCGGGCCGAUCAUGAUCAUCACCGGCAUCGCCGCGGGCAUGAUUCCCGUCGAAACGGCCGGGCGACAACUGGACGACGAUAGCUGGGACCGCGCGGCCAAAACAACAUUUUCUUGCCAAAAUAUAGAGCUGUCAACCACACCUACGGGGGUGUAACUACGGCCGCGGAAGCCUUUUUUAGUGUUGUUUUUGGCGGUGGAGGUCUGACACGGCCGGGUGUGGAUCCCGUAUAUUCACCGCUGCUCGUUGAUAGAUGGUGUAUGCAUGCGGUAUGUCAUGUUGGAGGAACAUCAUAAUUCUUUUAAUCGCACGAGGUAUGAGAGGCUGGUUGGCCGAGCUUGGUUUUGGGGCAUUCUUGACUUGACGGGAGCGGUGUUUAGGUCGGGAGAAACGUUGUUCACGUUUACUUAACACAGGAGCUUUGUGGUGCAUCCUAUGCCUGUUUUUUCGAUACGGUAUUGCCUCGGGAUGUUCAUUCAUGUGUUUUCCCGAGUAGUGUGUACGUCUUGCGCGUUGAUGCCGUGGGAGUCAGCCACAGGAGCGGGUCGUAAGAUAAGAGGAAGAGCAAGAGGAGGGUGCUCUUCGCACCGUAUGGUUGAUGUGACCAACCUUGCACACAUUAGUUACUGGCGGGAUGUGGAUUGGAGAUGGGAUGCAGUUAAUAUUCUUUGUGGGCAACCCCUCUCCGGGUGAUCUCUGAAUAUUUGUGUCUACUUCAGUCUAUCCAAUUAGUAAGGAGACAGCAGGUACUGCUGCUCAAGCGAUCAAUACACAAGUGACGGUCUUCAUUGCUCUUUGUGUAAAUCUCCCAUCACUUGGCGCGUCGGCAUGAAGGGAUGAGCUUUCUCUAGACUUGUGCUCUUGGUGUGAGAGCGUGCUCUCUCUGUAUGGCGCGCGCGGUCUUGCUUGUUGGGCUGUUGGGGUCACUGUGGGAACGAUCGCUGGGAGACACUGCACCCAGCGGUCCUAUGCUUACCACGCGCUCGAAAUGUUCGCAGUCGCCUGUGAUUUGCGCAGAGCUUGGUCUCUAGUCCGUCCCACAGUCCUAUCGUUGGUCAAGAUUGCAUCCAUUCGCCUUUUUGGACCUAUUUACUACUUUUUACAUGAGACUGUUGUCUCCAGGUUC